AUGCCUCCCAUCCGCCUCGCGACCGCCUCACCCGCCACCGGCCCCACCACGGCCGCAACCUUGCGCCACAUUGCCCUCCUCGCCUCCCGCGCCUCCAACCACGGCGCCGACAUCCUCCUCCUCCCGGAAGCCUACCUCGGCGCCGGCUACCCUCGCGGCGCCUCCUUCGGUUCAAAGAUCGGCUCCCGCGCCCCAGAGGGCCGCGACGAGUACCUCGCCUACUUCCGCGCCGCCGUCGACCUCGGCGACACCGUCGGCCACGCCGGAGCCGGCGCCGGCGACAGGUGGCUGCGGCGCGAGCUGCCCGCCCAGAACGACACCGCCGGGGGCGACGGCACGCGCGAGGAACUCGAGGCCGUCGCCAGCCGCACCGGCGUCUUCCUCGUCGUCGGCUGCAUCGAGCGCGCCGGCGGCAGCCUGUACUGCUCCGUCGUCUACGUCUGCCCUAGACUGGGCGUCAUCGGAAAGCGCCGCAAGGUGAUGCCCACCGCGACGGAGCGUCUCAUCUGGGCCCAGGGCUCCCCUGCCACCCUCCGCGCCGUCUCCACCACCAUCAAGGGCGUCCGCGUCAACCUUGCCGCCGCCAUCUGCUGGGAGAACUACAUGCCCCUGCUCCGCCAGGCCCUGUACGCCCAGAACGUCAACCUCUACCUCGCCCCCACCGCCGACGGCCGCGACACCUGGCUCCCGCUCAUGCGCACCGUCGCCUGUGAAGGGCGCUGCUUCGUCGUCUCCUCCAACAUGGCCGUCAGGCACCCCGGCCCCCCGUCCGCAUCCUCCUCCUCCUCCGCCGUGUGCCUCGACGAGGACGGCUUCGAAAUCGCCCUGCCCGGGAAAGCCUCCGCCAAACCCACCAACGGCACGGCCGCCGGCCCGCCCCCCCGCGGCCGCCGUCGCAAGUCCGUCAUCGUCGAGGACGGCAACGAGAUCGUCCUUCCGGGCGAGGAGGACGAGCCCCUCCCCGCCAACGGCCACAGCCACGUCGCCUGCUCGAGCGACGGCGCCGACGGCGCCAGGACCGCCGCCGUCGAUUGGGUCUCCCGCGGCGGCUCCUGCAUCGUCGGCCCCUUUGGCGACGUCCUCGCCGGGCCCCAGUGGGAGGACGACGAGGGCAUCAUCUACGCCGACGUCGACUUUGACGAAUGCGUCCGCGGCCGGCUCGACAUAGACGUCGGCGGCAGCUACUCGCGCAACGACUCGUUCAACUUCUCCGUCGACGGCCUCGACCUCGACCCCUUGCCCUACUACUGA